AUGAGAGAGCUGGAGGAAGGUCAAAUAAAUGAAUGGAAAACAGUUUCUGUGGAGAAGGCAGGUAGAAGUCCAAAAUCACAUGAUCUAAAAUAUGGUCAAGUAACGAUUGCGACUCCUUCAAGAUUUGCAGCAUUGAGAAACUCUGAUGAGAAAGGUGAGGAGAUUGAGGAGACUCAGGAAGAAGUAACCGAAGUAGUUGAGGAGGUUGAGGCUGAGGAUGCAGAGGAUACUUGUCAAAGAAAGAUCGAGGAGAGUAUUGAGGGGAAAACAAAAGAAGGGGAGGAUGAAGAUUUUCUGUGUUCUUUUGUUUAUGCAUUAAACACGGUGGAAGAGAGGAGAAGUUUAUGGGAAGAUAUUACGAGUCACUAUAAGGCUCCUAUGUUUACAAGGAGAAAGUGGAUGAUUAUGGGGGAUUUCAACGAGAUUCUAGCCGGCAGAGAACAUUCGGAGUUUGAAAGUACAGCGAGAGUUCCUGUGGGUAUGAGGGAGUUUCAAGAAGUAACAAGUUUCUGUAUACUGACGGACAUGGGAUAUCAUGGGCCUCUUUUUACAUGGAAUCAUUUACGCUGUAGAAUACAAUUUGGGAGGGAAGAAGAGAAGAAAAGGAAACCUUUCAAGUUCACCAAUGCCAUCGCUAAGAUGCCGGAGUUCAUGACUCUAAUGGAAGAUUACUGGGCAGAGCAGGAGGAUUUGUUUCACUCAAUGUCAGCAAUGUUUCGGCUUACAAAGCGUCUUAAAGAUCUAAAGCAACCUUUGAGAUCGCUAAGUAAGCUAAAACUUGGAGAUCUAUCGAGAAGAACGAGAGAUGCCUAUCAGUUUCUAUGUAUGAAGCAGCAAGAGACGUUGGAAAAUCCGAAUACUGACAAGAUAAAGGAGGAAGUGAAGGCAUAUGAUCAUUGGCAGAGACUGGCAGAUCUAGAGGAGGAGUAUCUGAAACAGAAGUCAAAAUUACAUUGGUUGGAAGUAGGAGAUGGAAAUAAUAAAGCUUUUCACAAUUCAGCCAGAAUAAGAGAGAUUCGUAAUACAAUCUAUGAGAUCCAGCGUGCUGCUGAUGGGGGUAUUGUUAAAACGGAGAAAGAGAUUAAAAAAGAAGCUGAGCGUUUCUUUGAGGACUUCAUGACUACUCAGCCACAAGAUUUUGAGGGAGUGACAGAGGAGAGGCUUCGAGAAUUAUUGGAUUUUGAGUGUAGUGAUGCAGAUAAGGAUAACCUGAUGAAGGAAGUAACUCAGGAGGAGAUCAAGAGGGAAUUAUUUAAAAUGCCAGGGAGUAAGGCUCCGGGCCCUGAUGGAUUCACUACAGAGUUCUUCAAAGAGUUUUGGGCAGUGAUAGGCAAGGAUAUUACAGUGGCAGUUCAAUCCUUCUUCAUUAUGGGAUUCUUACCUAAAGGGCUCAACUCUACAAUCUUAACAUUGGUCCCAAAGAAAACAGAAACAAAGGGGAUGAAGGAUUACAGGCCUAUAUCCUGUUGCAACGUCUUAUACAAGCUGAUUUCGAAGAUUUUGACAAAUAGGUUAAAGAGAAUACUACCCAAGUGUAUCUCUUGGAACCAAUCAGCUUUUAUAAAGGAGAGGUUGUUAAUGGAAAAUGUGCUUCUAGCAACAGAAAUAGUGAAGGAUUAUCACAAAGAGGAGAUAUCACCUAGAUGCGCGAUGAUGAUAGACAUCUCCAAAGCUUUUGACUCGGUGCAGUGGCCUUUCCUCCUUAAUACUCUGAGAGCUCUUGGUCUUCCUGAAAGGAUGACUGGGUUAAAAAUUAGCUUGGAGAAGUCUACAUUGUUCCUAGCAGGAGUGUCAGCUCAAAAACAGGAGGAAAUUCUCAGUCACUUCCCGUUUGCAACAGGAAAGCUCCCGGUUCGUUACCUCGGUCUUCCCCUGUUGACAAAAAAUAUGACAGUGCUAGAUUACUUGCCACUGAUAGAGAAGAUAAGAAAAAGAAUUGGCUCCUGGACAGGGAGGUUCUUGUCUUACGCUGGAUGCCUGCAACUGAUACAGUCGGUCAUCACAAGCUUGGCAAAUUUCUGGAUGGCUGCGUUCAAGCUUCCUAGUAGUUGUUUGAAGGAGAUAGAAAGACUCUGCUCUGCUUUCCUUUGGUUAGGCCCAGGUUUGAAUAAUAAAAAGGCGAAGGUCUCUUGGUCUGAGGUCAGUAGAACGAAGCAAGAGGGAGGAUUGGGGUUAAGAAAGCUGAAGGAUGUAAACUUGAUAUAUCUCAUCCGUAAAGGUUCGUUGUGGACGGUUAAAGAGAACAUUCAAUCUGGUUCGUGGAUGUGGAAAAAAUUAUUGAAGUAUAGAGAUGUGGCAAAAAGGAUGUAUAAAGUGGAAGUGAAGAAUGGGAAGAAGACGUCUUUCUGGUUUGAGAACUGGUCAUCUUUGGGAUGUCUGAAGGAUAUACUAGGAGAAGGAAGUAAUAUUGAUAUGGGUAUCUCAAUAAACGCAACAGUAGAAGAAAGUUGGAAGCAUCGCAAAAGAGAGCAUAGAGUGGUGAUUCUAAACAAGGUUGAGUUGGAGAUUGAAUUGAGCAGAGUGGGCAGAGUGCAAGAGGAAGAUGUCUCGUUGUGGAUUUGGGGAAUGUUGAUGAAAGGGAUUUUGCGAGGUGUAUACACAGUGAGGUGGGAAGACUUAUUGAGGAUAAUGAGAGAUUUGACAAGGGGGAAGAUGCAGUUGUUCCUUAUAAAAUAUAUGUUUCAAGCAGCAGUGUAUAUGAUCUGGAGAGAGAGGAAUAGGAGACGUCAUGGAGAGGCUGGAACUCCAUCGAUACUCUUAGCAAAGUUGCUUGAUAAAAACAUGAGAAACAAGCUUACCAUUAUACAAAGAAGAGGAGAUAUCAAGAUGGGAGAAGGGAUGCAGUAUUGGUUUGCUACAAGAUAG